AUGAAUACAUCUUUUUUCCAUGCUUGUUUGAAAAAGCGCAGAGCUGAAAAUGGUAUUGCAACCUAUAUUACUGAGCAAGGUAGAUUGAUAGAUAAUUUUCAUGAUGUAGUCUCUCACUUUGUAAAACAUUUUAGAAGUUAUUUGGGUAGUCCGAGUUCGGCUACAGGCAGGAUUGAUUUACACUGUAUUGAGAUGGGUACCAAGCUCUCGAUAGAUCAAAAAUUGCUUCUUUUAAAACCCUUUUCUUGUAAGGAAAUUCGAGCUGCUUUAUUUGGUAUUCCCAUCACUAAGUCCCCUGGACCUGAUGGCUUUGGUUCUAGUUUUUUCAAGGUUUUAUGGCAAGAAAUUAGGGAUGAAGUUUGUUCAGCAAUUGGUCAGUGUUUUAACACAGGGCAUUUUCCUUCUGAGCUUCAUGAAACUACUCUAUCAUUGGUCCCUAAAGUCACUAAUCCAUCUCAGGCAAUAGACUACAGACCUAUAGCUUAUUGUUCUACAUUAUAUAAGUGUAUUGCCAAACUAUUAUGUUCUCGUAUGGCUUUAGUCCUUCCUGAUCUCAUUCAACUGAACCAUGGAGCCUUUAUUAGGGGUCGUUCAAUUGCUCAUAACAUCAUGAUAUUUCAGGAUCUUAUCAAGAACUAUCGGAGGACCUCUACUUCGCCUAGAUGUUGGAUUAUGGUCUGCUUGAAAAAUACUUCUUACUCUUUGCUUAUGAAUGGUAGAGUUCAAGGAACUCGUUCUGCUGUUAGCAUUUUCAAAGAGGUUCUAGUGAAGUUUAGUGCUACAACAGGUCUCUCUAUAAAUGCUAAUAAGUCUCAUAUUUUCUUUGGAGGAGUCAUUGCCACUGAGAGAAGGAUUAUUGCCCAAGAGAUUCAGCUACCUGAAGGAUCCUUUCCUCUUAAAUUGAAGCUUUUGUCUUGGACUAGCAGGCAUCUGUCAUUUGCAGGCCAAAUGCAACUCAUUCACUCAGUUUUGUUUGGGCUUCGUAAUUACUGGAUGAGUAUCUUUGUGUUACCUCAGAGUAUUGUUAAGGAAGUUGAGAAACUUUGCCGUGGUUUUCUGUGGGGUAUUUAUGGGAACAGGAGCAAGCUUCAUAUUACUUCAUGGCAGCAGGUUUGUCUCCCUAAAGCCUAUGGGGGUCUCGGUUUCAGAGAUGGUGCCAGUUGGAAUAAAGCUAUAUUAGCUAAAUAUAUCUGGGCCAUUUCUGAAAAGCCUGAUAUUCUGUGGGUCAAAUGGAUCAAUACUAUCUAUCUAAAAGGCUUUAAUUUCUAUAAUUACACUCUGAAACCAGAUAGCUGUUGGUAUUGGAGGAAGUUAUGCCAUUUAAGGGGCAAAUUCAGUCAGACAGAGAUCCUUGCUGCUGGGGUUCCAGGGAGAUUUAAGCCUUCGAAGCUUUACAACAGCACUUUAAAUCAGCAGCUGGUGGGCUAUCAUCAAGAAGUAUGGUGUAAGCUUACACUUCCUAAGCAUCAAUUUCUUCUUUGGCAGGUGGUUAAUGCUCAUCUUCUCACUAGAGACAACUUGAUCCGGUUUAACUUACAGGUGAACAACCUGUUAUGUCCUGUCUGUGGUGGUCACAAUGAGAGUCACACUCAUCUAUUUUUUGAGUGCUUCCUUUCUAAGAUGAUUCUUAAUCUCAUCUUUGCUUGGAUAGGGUUUAAAGCUUGGCCUAGUGAUUUCAAUAGCUGGGUUGUUUGGCUUCCUAGUGGUCGACAUGGCAUUAUUUCUUCUAUAUUGAACUUGGUUGUGGCUGCUGUUAUCUACAGUAUUUGGAGAAACAGAAAUAGAUGUAUUUUUUAUGGUUAUUCUUUGAUAGCUGAUAGCAUAGCUAAGGAUGUUAUAAACAUAGUUAAGUACCGAUUAUACAUAGUUAAAAAUAGGAAGAUUUCUCUCCAAGAUCAGCUUUUUAUAAGGAAACUCCAAUGUAAUUAA